AUGUCCACACCCAUCUCCCCUGCAGCAGCUACUGCUGUAGCAAUGCCAGCAGCCUGCAAGCACAGAUGUGCAGCCAGCAACAUCAUGGGUGCAGCUGCACUGCCCAUCAACAUGGCAGCAACACGCAACAGCAAGCAACGCAAGUGUAAGGGGACAAAGACGGCAGAGCGACUGGCAGAAAACACACUGCCAGCCACAGCUCUGUCCUCUGCUCCACCCAACAUUUCAGCUUCAGCUACCAGUGCCCAAGACUCCAACAUCCAUAACAGUGCUACUCCAGCCCGCCGUGAGUUGCCAGACCACAAACAGCAAGAGCACCCAGGCAAGCCGGAUCUCCCACAUCACAAACAAAUCUCUGUGGAGGUCAAAGUGCAGUAUGAGGAGCAGCUGUGGCAGGAGCAGCGUAUUUGGGAGCUUGCAUCCUUGCAUAUGAAAGAGGUUGAGGAGAACGAGCAGCUAGAUGGGAUUAGAGAGCACAACAAGAGGACAUUGGUAGUACUUACAUUAGAGGAUGCGCUUAAUCCCCCUCCCGACUCAGAUGACCUGGACCCAGACUUGCCAGACAAGAUUUUCCAGAUUAUGAUCAGAGUGAACAACAAAGCUACUCUUGCCAAGGUAGCCAAGGCAGAUGUGGGAGUGGAGGUGGAUGCAGGAACCAACAAAGACAAGGGAAAGGCAAGUAGCAACAAGGGAAAGAAGAAGAAUGCAAAGAGUGCCAGCAGCAAAGCUGCGAAGGCAACAAUGCUGAAGCGUGGUCAAUGCAAUGAUAUUAUUACCAUUGACUCUGACACCACUGUUUUUUCCACCACCAUCAAGAAGGCCCCUAGGCCAACCACCGCUGCCACCGCUGCCACCGCCGUUAAAGCAAAGAAGGCUCUGAAGACCACGAAGGCACCCAUCCACACCCCUCACACUUCCAGCGGUGGAGCUUGUGCAGCUGUCAAGACGCAGCCCAUUACCAACCCGCGUCCACUCAUCAAGACCGAGCCAGGGCUCAAAUCCGUUCCCUCCGUGAGAAAACCAGUGCCUGUGAAUAUCCUUGCUUACUGGCCUUCAGCAAUCCGCCCUACAGUGUACGCCAAGUUCUCCAACACCCUCAAUCCCUGGUUCAUCUUCAUGAAGAUUGCGGCAAAUGUUCCGGAGCUCCAGGCUAUUGUUGACAUUGUUGUGCUGGGGCUGGGGUAUACGGUGGAGUUCAGAAACAAACUCUUUGACAAUGCUGUUGACUGUUUAUAUCAGAAGCAAUCCAAAAUUGGUUGUGCCACCCUCGCACACGUUGCGAGCUUCUACUCUGCCCCACCAUAUAAGGACAAUCCUGCUGCCAUUCGGGACCACACCAUCUGGGCACUACAUGCAGAUGGGCCCGGUUUUUGGCAACAUCCAAUGCCGAUGGAGCAAACGCAGCGGUCCUCUCAUGAGAAUCCGCAAUAUCAGAAGCUGAAAGGCUAUCUUUGCUCAGAAUUCAUCAACAGCAUCAUGCAAUUAAUGGUGCAGCGAAUGGCCAGUUCCUACAUUCUGUACUAUGAGCCAAGGGGUGCAGUAGUUCUCGCAAUGAUCGCGGUUGAAAGGGUGUUUGAGAAGUACCGGUUGGGUACUAGCAAUGACACCAUCAUGACCUUCUCAUUCAAGAAUUAUAAGCAAGCCACCGUUGACUAUGGGAAAGCUGUCAGCAACAUCAAGGUGAAUCACUGGCUGGAGUGUUUUAUGGCAUGGGGGUUUGAUAAUGGUUCCAGAGAUGCACCUGCAUCCACUGCCACAUUGGUUGCCAGCAGCUCCCUUCAACAUGCCUGUAGGUUCUUGAUGCCCUCAAGCAGCCCGGCACUGGAAGAGCUGGAUGAGGAUGAGGAUGAGGAUGAGGAUGAGGAAGAAGGUGAUGAGUAG